GGGUUUUUUCUUUGAAUUGAAUCCAUUGCUGUAUUUGGGGUUUCCUGAUCUGGUGAAAGAUUCCUUCUUGCUUCAAUACAUUAGGGUUUGAAAUUGAAUCCUUUGGGAAAAAGCUGCUUUCUGUUAGAUGGGCUAAAACCCUUCUUCUUGUGAAUCUCGAGCUUGUUUUUGCUGUAUUCUGUAUCGAGAUUGUUUGCAGAGGGCUGCUUUGAUGCAUCUUUCACUUUGGAAGCCCAUAUCCCACUGUGCUUCUCUGAUCUUGGACAGGAAGGGCAGGAGAAGAGAUGGGUCAGAAUCAGCCGAUGAAAUCAAGAAGAAUUCAUCAUUUCUCCGCAAACUGCAAGAGAACAAGCUCCGGGAAGCUCUUGAAGAGGCAUCUGAAGAUGGGUCACUGUUUAAGUCCCAGGAUAUGGAGGAGCCUGAUUCCUUAGCCAAUCAAGAUGAAAGCUUGGGGCGAUCGAGAUCCCUUGCAAGGCUCCAUGCACAGCGAGAAUUCUUACGAGCAACUGCCCUUGCCGCUGAUAGGACAUUUGAGACUGAAGACUCCAUUCCUGAUCUCCAUGAAGCUUUCAACAAGUUCCUUACAAUGUACCCCAAAUACCAGUCAUCAGAGAAGAUUGAUCAGUUGAGGUCCAAUGAGUAUGCUCAUUUAUCACCUAAGGUUUGCCUUGAUUAUUGUGGAUUUGGACUUUUUUCUUAUGUUCAGACUGCACACUAUUGGGAGUCUUGUACAUUUAGCUUGUCUGAAAUAACUGCUAAUUUGAGCAAUCAUGCUCUUUAUGGUGGUGCGGAGAAAGGCACAGUGGAACAUGAUAUAAAGACUAGGAUAAUGGAUUAUUUGAACAUUCCUGAGAAUGAGUAUGGCCUUGUAUUCACAGUUAGUAGGGGGUCCGCGUAUAAAUUGCUAGCAGAUUCAUACCCCUUUCAUACAAAUAAGAAGUUGCUCACCAUGUUUGAUUAUGAGAGUCAAUCUGUGAAUUGGAUGGCUCAGGGUGCUAGGGAGAAGGGUGCAAAAGUUUACAGUGCUUGGUAUAAAUGGCCAACUCUGAAGCUUUGUUCUACUGAUCUGAGAAAGCAGAUUUCGAGUAAAAAGAGGAGGAAGAAGGAUUCUGCUGUUGGUCUCUUUGUCUUUCCUGUUCAGUCCAGAGUCACUGGGGCCAAAUAUUCAUACCAAUGGAUGGCACUAGCUCAGCAGAACAAUUGGCAUGUCUUACUUGAUGCUGGUUCCUUGGGUCCCAAAGAUAUGGAUUCUCUUGGCCUGUCCUUGUUCCGACCUGAUUUCAUUAUCACAUCAUUUUAUAGGGUAUUUGGGUAUGAUCCCACUGGUUUUGGAUGCCUUCUAAUAAAAAAAUCAGUCAUGGGAAGUCUUCAGAAUCAAUCCGGCUCUACAGGGUCUGGAAUGGUGAAGAUCACUCCUGAAUAUCCUCUCUAUCUGAGUGAUUCUGUAGAUGGUCUUGAUAAAUUGGCUGGAACUGAAGAUGAUGAGGUUGGUGUGAAUGGUGAUAAACCCUCUGAAACUCGCCCUGGAUCACAGUUGCCUGCCUUUUCUGGUGCUUUCACAUCUGCACAAGUGAGGGAUGUGUUUGAAACAGAAAUGGAACAUGAUAAUGGUUCUGACAGGGAUGGAACGAGCACGAUUUUUGAAGAAACUGAGAGCAUCUCUGUAGGGGAAGUCAUGAAAAGCCCUGUCUUCAGUGAAGAUGAAUCAUCAGAUAACUCUUUUUGGAUUGAUCUGGGUCAAAGUCCAUUAGGAUCUGAUAAUGCAGGUCAGUUGAAUAAACAGAAAAUUGCCUCCCCUUUACCACCAUUUUGGUUUGGUGGCAGAAAAAUCCACAAGCAGCUUUCUCCAAAGCCAUCAUCAAAGAUAUAUGGCAGCCCAAUUUAUGAUGACAAAGACCAGGGACCUUGUGAAGAUCGUCAUGUGCUAUCAUUUGAUGCUGCUGUUCUCUCAGUUUCACAAGAAACAGGCUGUGUUAAGGAGGUUUCUGAAGAAGAACAAUUUGCAGGAACAAACAAUACUUUAGGAAAUAAUAAGGAUUCAGAACAUUCUCAGGUUAAUGAAAUUGAGGAAGAACGUAGUGCCGGCAGACCACUGCCUGUGGGAUCUGUAUCAAAUUCGGUUAUGAAUGGAUCUCGUCUCAACGGCUCUACUUCUGCCUCUUGGCAUGCUAGGCUAGCAAAUGGCUCAACUGCAGAAAUAUGCCCAGGGGUUAAAGAGAGUGCCAUCAGAAGAGAAACAGAAGGUGAAUUUAGGUUGUUGGGGAGAAGGGAAGUGAAUAGAUAUGCUGGUGGUAGAUUUUUUGGUUUGGAAGAUGAGCAUCCAAGCCAGGGAAGAAGGGUAUCUUUUACCUUGGAAGACAGCCGCAAAGAGCGCCCGGCCAAUUCUUUGGAGCCUGGGGAAGUGUCUGCAAGCCUUGAUGAUGAGGACUACACAACUGAUGGAGACUAUGGUGAUGGGCAAGACUGGGACAGGAGGGAGCCUGAGAUAAUUUGUCAACAUCUUGAUCAUAUUAACAUGUUGGGGCUCAAUAAAACAACCCUCAGGCUUAGGUUUUUGAUCAAUUGGCUUGUUACCUCAUUGCUGCAACUCAGAUUUCCUAGUUCUGAUGGAGAUAGCAGAGUGCAUCUUGUUCACAUCUAUGGCCCUAAAAUAAAAUAUGAAAGGGGUGCAGCUGUUGCCUUUAAUGUGAGAGACAGAAACAAGGGGCUAAUUAACCCUGAGGUUGUACAGAAAUUGGCUGAAAGAGGAGGCAUUUCUCUUGGCAUUGGCUUCCUCAGUCACAUUCGGAUUCUGGAUAGCCCACGGCGAGGGUAUUUCAACCAUGAUGAUACUGCCCUGUGCAGACCUAUGGAAAAUGGGAGACAUGAUGGGAAAAGCGGGUUCAUACGAGUUGAAGUUGUCACAGCAUCUCUGAGCUUCCUGACCAAUUUUGAGGAUGUCUACAAGUUGUGGGCUUUUGUGGCGAAGUUCCUUAACCCAGCAUUCAUCAGAGAGGGCACACUUCCAACUGUUGUGGAAGAGUCUGAGACAUGAUCCUCCUGAAAAGUAAUUAAUCAUUUUGUUCCAGUUCAACAGGGAUGAAUUCCUGGCCGCUGGAAAUGAUGAAAAGGGUACAAAUCAAGUCUUGGCAAAAGAUUCAGAAGCCUCAGGAAUGCAUGCAAUUAUUGAUGCUCUUCCUCAUGACUCAUGGAAGCAAAAGCAGGUGAAUUUGUUAAUUCAUGUUGGUUGUUUUGAAUUUUUCUUUUCUCCUUUUGGGUUCUUGUAGAGUUGGCUUUUAGAAAAUAUGUAACAUUUUGGAAGUCACCAUGAUCUCAAUCAAAGCAGAAUCAUAUCAUACACUUAUUCAUCACUCAACAUUCUGCUUUCACUCUAUACAAAUUCCACUUUUCUGCUUCUGUAUAAAAACAAAUUAGCUGAUUUUAGCAGAUAAAUGAUGACAUUUUAA